CAGUUUUCAGAUGCUGUGUUUGGUUUUCCAUCUGAGAUUUCAUGGUCUCUUGCAGCAGAGCUCCCACCUCCGUAUACUGCCAUUGCAAGUCCAGAUGCCAGUGGUGUUCCUGUCAUAAACUGCCGGGUGUGCCAGUCACUAAUCAAUUUGGAUGGCAAGCUACACCAACAUGUUGUUAAGUGCACAGUUUGCAAUGAAGCUACGCCAAUCAAAAACCCUCCUUCAGGGAAGAAGUAUGUUAGAUGCCAGUGUAAUUGUCUGCUUAUCUGUAAGGAUACAUCUCGGAAAAUAGGCUGCCCAAGACCAAACUGUAGACGCAUCAUUACUCUUGGUCCAGUAAUGCUGAUCCCAGAAGAGCAGCCAGCUCAGCCUGCCUUGCCAGUUCAACCAGAUGGAACUAGAGUGGUGUGUGGGCACUGUGGAAAUACUUUCCUUUGGAUGGAACUGAGGUUUAACACACUAGCAAAAUGCCCACACUGCAAAAAAAUGUAAGUUUUCUGUAUGCAAGAUUGUAUAAACUAACUUUGUU